AAAAAUGCCAUCAUCGGUGUUGAACUUACUUCGCUUGUUUCAAUUUGCGUAUGCCACGUCUAAUUUGUGAUUUUAUGGUGUAUUUUGUUCUUUAUAAUCAAAAUAUAUUUAAGGAUUGUUAUUUAUUUUCUAAAUUGUAUUCAUGAUGUUUUCAUAUCACCAGAUUUUCAUUUUAAUAUGUAGUGUUGUAGCUGUAAAUAGUUUGAUGUUUCGAUUACCCGCUAAUAGCAGACGGUGUUUAAAAGAAGAAAUCCAUAAAGGUGUGCUGGUUAGUGGCGAGUACGAAUUAAGCGAUGCGCCUGGCCAAAAGACUGAUUUAUUGGUUACAGAUACAAAAGGGCACAUCCUGGUAUCAAGGGAAAAUGUAGAUAAAGGAAAAUUUGCUUUUGUGACAGAUGAUUAUGAUGUCUUUGAGGCUUGCUUUGUUUCAAAAGCUCCUGCUGGUCAAAGAACACAGGAGCAAGAAGUUACUUUAUCUUUGAAGCAUGGUGUUGAAGCUAAGAGUUAUGAUAGCAUUGCAGAAGUUGGUCGAUUGAAACCAUUAGAAGUUGAACUUCAAAAACUGGAAGAUUUAUCAGAAUCUAUUGUGAAGGAUUUUGCUUACAUGCGACAGCGCGAAGCUGAAAUGCGUGAUACAAAUGAAUCUACAAAUACCAGAGUGCUUUAUUUCAGUAUCUUCUCUAUGUGCAUUCUUCUUGCAUUGGCCACCUGGCAAGUUCUAUAUUUGAGAAGGUUUUUCAAGGCAAAGAAGCUUAUUGAAUAAUUUUUUUUAUUGAAUUAUGUAAAAAUUUAAAAAGAUGUUAAAAACUGUUUUUAAGUUCUAAAUAAAAUUUAAAAUGCCAUUUUUUAAUACUUAAAUUGGGUCAACUGGUUAAAAAAAGAUAUUGAAAACAAACUUUUUUUCUUGGUAUUGGAUCUGAAUGACAUGCAGCUGAAAUUGAAAUUUUUUUUAAUGCAGUAAUACAUAGUUGAAUAAUUUGUUUUUAUUGCCAGUACCUUUCAAAAUUGAUACUAAAGAUUGAGAAUUAAGAAACUAAAUAAAUAGUUUUCUGAAGCUUAUUGAUUAUUUGUUUAUGUAUAGUUAAAAAGUAUUUCAUUUCAUGUUUUAUGAACAUAUUUUGGUUAUUAGAUAUCAUUUUAUUAAAAAUCGAAAGAAAAGAUUUUUUUAUUGUAUAAAUAAUUAGAAAUUAUAAAAAGCAUCAUAAUUUAUAUUUCUUUAAAUUGUUUGAUUUUUUUCCAUUUAAAUUUUCUUCAUUAAUGUUUACUUUAAUUUUGCGUUAUUUUGCAUCAAUUCUCCACCUAGCAAAAAAAUCAUGCGAGAUUGGUUGUAUACCUUUAGUUUGUAUACAACCAUUCACUAUUAGUUUUCAUUGGGUUGUUUUCAGUGAAGUUGUUUCCAAAAUUAAUUUUUAAUGUAUUAUUUUAUUCAAAUAUCAAUACUCCAAUGAAAAGCUGUGUUAUUAUUUGUAAGUUUUGUCAUUAGGUGUUAUUUGUUUUGUUAGUCAAAAUUAUCUCCUUUAAAUAGCUUUUUUAAUACUUUUGUAUUAAAUUGUUUUGACAAUAUCUCUAUUUUUAAUGCAUUUACUUAAAUAAUAUCAACUUUUCUUUGUAAAUGAUUGUUAUAUAAAUUAAUUGUUUGAAAACGCUUUAUUACAAAAAUAACUGAAUAUAUUUAUGUAUAUGUUUGUAUUAUUAUUGUUCCAAUUUUUUAAAAAAAAAACUCUAAGUAUUUUGUCAGAAAAGAAAUCAGCUAUUCAGUGUAUGUCCAUCUCAUUUGGCUUUCACAACAUCAAAAAACACUGUGAUUCAUUUGAAAGGGUCUGAAUAUAUUUUGUGUGUCAGACAGUUUUGCUUCUACAUUAGUAAUCACUGCUGUACACCAGAAAGAAAUAAAGAAAUUGCGAGUUUUAA